UCUCCCCCCGAGGAUGAAGCACCGACCGGCGCUGGCCGUGCUGCUCUUCCUGGCGCUGCCGCUCGCCCUCGCCCGCCGCGCCCCCGCCGCCCCGCCGGGCCCCGAGCAGGGGAUGCCCGUCCAGGAGCCGCUGCCGUGGAGCGCCCGCGGCAGCCCCGGAGCCGCCGCCGCCGCACUGGAGCUGCUGCGGGAGGAGGGCGCCGGUCCCCGCGCCGUGCCGCAGAAGAGUAAGUCCCGCCCGGUACCGGUACCGGUGCCGCCGCCGCUGCCGGUGCCGCUGACGGCCGGUCUCUCCGCAGGAGACAUGCACGAUUUCUUCGUGGGGCUCAUGGGGAAGCGAGCGGCGGGGCGGGGGAGCGGCGGCCCGGCCCCCCGGUGCUCCCCGGGCCCCCCCGCUCCCGGCGAGGCUCCGCUGCGGGCGGCCUGAGGGCGGAACGAGCCACUCCACGCGCGGAGGGGCCCGGGUGGGGUUGUGCCCGGUGUCCCGGGGAUGACGGGACCGAUUGCGGGAGCGUCCCGGGCGCCGGCGCCCACGGAGCCAUCGUGGGACCCGCCGGGAGCGCGGCCGUCCCGCCCCACUCGCGCGUGUCUGUGCACUGUGUACACCUGGACGUGCCCCGCUAUACACCCACCCGUGUCUGCGCGGGACACGCGCAAACAGCGUCUCUGUGUCUUGGCUGCGCCUCCGGGACCGCGCACGGG